AAGAUAAGAGAAGAAAAAAAUAACAAUGAGGAGAGUGUUGGGCAAUAGCAGAAAGUUGAUAUGCUCGCUUCUCGGCCAAGCACCGGUCUCUCUAGCAUAUUAUAAGAGCUCUCAUUCCAAACCAUCCACUCCUCUCAGUCGAUUCUCUUCAAGUUUUCUGGCUCCCAUUUCGAUCUCAGCAAUCCGAGUGUUUUGUUCGAAGUCCGGUGAAGUGGGAUCAAUGGCUUCUUCGGUUCAAAAUCUGGGUUCUAUUUCGUACCUCGCGCAACGAGAAGCUACUGAGGUUGAUGAGACUCUCAUGGGUCCUCUUGGAUUUAGUGUCGAUCAGCUUAUGGAAUUGGCUGGUUUAAGCGUUGCCACAUCGAUUGCUGAGGUUUAUAAACCAAGUGAAUAUAAUCGUGUUCUUGCUAUUUGCGGUCCGGGAAACAAUGGAGGUGAUGGUCUGGUUGCUGCCCGUCAUUUUUAUCACUUUGGGUAUAAACCGUUUGUUUGUUAUCCUAAGCGAACUCAGAAACCCCUUUAUUCUGGUCUUGUCACUCAGCUGGAAUCUCUGCCAAUCCCUUUCCUGUCGGUCGAUGAGCUGCCUGUGGACUUGUCAAAGGACUUUGACAUUCUUGUAGAUGCUAUGUUCGGCUUUUCUUUUCAUGGAGCACCAAGGCCACCUUUCGACGAACUGAUCCAGAAGCUGGUUAAUUUACAUAGUUAUCAACGAGUGCAACAAAAAUCCCCUGUUAUUGUGUCUGUAGAUAUUCCAUCCGGAUGGCAUGUUGAAGAGGGUGACGUUGGUGGUGAAGGAAUUAAACCUGACAUGUUGGUUUCUUUGACUGCUCCAAAACUAUGUGCAAAGAAAUUUUCCGGACCUCAUCACUUUCUGGGUGGUAGAUUUGUCCCACCAACUAUUGCAGAAAAGUAUAAGCUUUGCCUUCCCCAAUAUCCUGGAACAUCUAUGUGUGUUCGCAUAGGAAAGCCUCCACAAAUUGACAUAGCAGCACUCCGAGAGAAUUAUAUAUCUCCAGAGUUCCUUGAGGAGCAUGUGGAGGCUAAUCCCUUGGAUCAGUUUCGCAAAUGGUUUGAUGACGCGGUGGCUGCAGGCCUAAAGGAACCAAAUGCUAUGGCAUUGUCGACAGCUGGAAAAGAUGGAAAACUCUCAUCGAGAAUGGUAUUGCUAAAAGGAGUGGACAAGGGUGGUUUUGUCUGGUACACCAAUUAUGAAAGUCGGAAGGCGCGUGAAUUAUCAGAAAAUCCUCACGCAGCACUUCUUUUCUACUGGGAUGGGCUUAACCGACAGGUAAGAGUGGAAGGAUCUGUUCAGAAAGUUUCUGAUGAGGAAUCAGAGCAAUAUUUUCACAGUCGUCCUCGAGGAAGUCAAAUCGGAGCAAUAGUAAGCAAGCAGAGUACUGUAGUUCCUGGACGCCAUGUACUACACCAGCAAUACAAAGAACUAGAAGAAAAAUACUCCAAGGAGGUUAUGAUUCCUAAGCCUAAACACUGGGGAGGAUACAGACUUCAACCAAACCGUUUCGAGUUUUGGCAAGGACAGAUGUCCCGAUUGCAUGACAGGUUGGAAUACUCCCCUCAAGAGAUAGAUGGAAAACGAGUUUGGAAAAUUGUUCGUUUGGCCCCCUGAGAUGGUAUCAUCACACUCAAGUUCAUUGUGGUUUUCACAAAGCUUGCUGCUUAAGAAUAUGUAUUCUGUGUGGCAAUCUGAGGGGUGUGUGUGACAUUUUACAAUACAGUAUUGACUCAUAAAUACCAGAAAGAUGGAAACUUAAUUUGGGUUUUGAAGAUA